AUGACAGAACUCAAACCCUUCCCAGACUCCUCGUCGACAUCCCCCCACCCCGCUCCUCCUCCGCCAUACACCGACCUACCCAACCCAUCUCUUACCCCCCACCGAGCGCCCAACCAUUUAGCGCUCGUCGCACGCACACGUCCCCGACACCGAAUGGGCGAAUCUUACAAGAAUGAACCCAAAGACGUCCUGUUCGACGGCUAUUCCGACGAUCCGAAGGAUGCGCUUAUGGAUUUUGGAUCUGUUCUCGCUCAUCCGCUUUCCGCGCCAAUCGACAUACAGGCUUACUGCACAUUGGUAUACCGAUGCACCCACUUCAAGUCACGUGGUCCUUACUCCGACUUUUACUCGAGCCCAAGGUUGGAAAGUGAGAUCAGAGAGGGAGCCAAGGCUGCUUUGAGAGAGAAAAAAUCCAACAGGGGCUUCUUCCUCGACGAAUUCCCAUGCCCGCCGGGCAAACCCUCGACCACCACCUUAUGGACCUGGUCGCAACCUCGCAAGAGCUUCAUGCCUCGUUUCGCCAAGUCGCCUUUGCACCUCUUGGACGGCGUCCCGAAGCUAUUCGGUUCUUACCAUUUCAUCCUAAAGUCACCGAAGGGCUUUACAAGAAAGGAGGGAGCGUCAUCAUCAGAGCAAUGCGACCGCAGCCUUGGCGGGAUGCGACUAUCCAUCGUCAACAUUAUUGGCGGUUCAAGCGCUUGGGUGUUGUGGACUUAG